AUGGCUCCGCAGUCAAAAGACUUUCCAGUGCAGCCGCAAACGCCGCCGGGGGAGGAAUGGCGGAUGACGCCUCGGCCGGAGUUCAUUUCGCCAUCGUACAAGGCGGCGGGAAAGCUGGAGAAGAAGGUGGCGAUUGUGACGGGUGGUGACAGUGGGAUUGGUCGUGCGGUGGCGGUGCAUUUUGCGCGCGAAGGUUGCGACGUGGUGAUUGCUUAUUUCAACGAGACGCGGGACGCCGAGGAGACCAAGGCUGAGUGUGAGGCGGCUGGGGCCAAAGCGGUGUUGCAUCAGGGGGACCUGUCGACGAAGCAGGCCUGUAUCGACUUGGUGGAUUUUUGCCUUAAGAGUUUCGGGCAGUUGGAUGUAUUGGUGUUGAAUGCGGCCGUCCAGCGUGUGUGCGACGACAUCCGUAAGAUUUCCGAGGCACAGUUAGAAGCGACUUUCCGCCUCAACAUCUUUUCGCACUUCUACACUAUCCAAAGGGCGCUGGAUGUUCUUAAGCCUGGUAGUUCCAUAAUUAUUACCAGCAGUGUCAAUACUUUCCAUGGCCAUGCCGUGUUGCUCGACUAUACUUCCACCAAGGCAGCCGAAGUCGGACUCGUUCGGUCCCUCGCCACACCUCUCGCCAACAUGGGCAUCCGAAUCAACGCCAUUGCACCCGGACCCAUCUGGACUCCUCUCAUUCCCUCUACUAUGGGCGACCACGUCACCGAAUUCGGAAAGAAAACGCCAAUGGGCCGCGCCGGACAGCCGAGUGAAUGUGCACCUGCCUACGUCUACCUCGCCUGCAACGACUCCUCCUAUGUCUCCGGACAGACCAUACACAUCAAUGGCGGCACCGUAGUCAACGGCUAA